AUGGAUCUCACACUGAAGCAGUUCUCCGUAAAGGAUCUCCGUCGUCUCGAUAAGGAAGUUCGGUCCUGGCCUGUCUUUCUUGGCAUUGAAGCUGAGGUUCGCAACAUGAUAUCCUCUUUGAGAGCCAUGAAUGAACUGCAGAAUCCAGCUAUACGAGGACGCCAUUGGUCACAGUUGAUGUCAACCACGGGAGUCCGUUUUGUCAUGAAUGAGAACACCGUCCUUGCGGAACUCCUAGCUCUAAAGCUGCAUAACUACGAGGAGGAAGUACAUAUGCUUGUUGAUAAGGCUGUGAAAGAGGCCUCCAUGGAGAAAGUGUUGAAGGAACUGGACCAAACAUGGAGUCAGGUGUCAUUUGAAGUGGAGCAGCAUCCAAGACGAAAUCUGAAAUUGUUCAAGGUCAGCCAGGAGACAGUGGAGGUGCUUGAGGAGAAUCAAAUGCAACUGCAAAAUAUGGCCACCUCAAAGCACAUUGACUUCUUCCGGGAUCAAAUUGCUGAAUGGCAGAAGAAACUCACAGUCACUGACUAUGUUAUCGGUCUGUGGUCGGAGGUGCAAAGAACAUGGGCGUACCUGGAAGCUAUUUUCCUCACCUCAGAGGACAUCCGUGAGCAACUGCCCGAAGACUCCAAGAGGUUUGAUAAAAUUGAUAAAGAAUUUGAGCAAAUUGUUGAGGACAUUGAGAAGAGAGGAACUAAUGUCAUUGAAGCCACGCAUUUGCCCUCUGUGUCUGAACGUCUUGAAAGCCUCAAAGAACGUUUGACUCUCUGUGAAAAGGCACUUGCUGAUUACCUCGACACAAAGCGUCUGGCGUUCCCUCGCUUCUACUUUAUUUCACCCACAGAUCUACUGGAUAUUUUAGCCAAUGGCAACGAGCCUGUUAAAGUCAUGCCCCACUUGUCAAAACUGUUUGACAGCAUCGCCAGUGUUGACUUAAAACCGAAUUCAAAAACUGCGACAUCGAUGAAAGCAAAGGAUGGUGAGGAGGUUCGAUUGGCAAAGGAGUGUUCUCUUGAGGGAAAAGUUGAAGUCUGGCUUAAUCGACUGCUAGAGGAGAUGCAAGCCACUUUACUGCACAACCUCCAUCAGUGUGUGUUCAAUUUUGAAGAAAAACCUCGAGAACAGUGGAUCUUUGACUAUCCCGCCCAAAUCUCCCUAGCCGGUUGUCAGAUAGGCUGGGUGGCAGAAGUAAAUCUCAACUUUACUCAACUGGAAGAGGGUUACGAGAAUGCGAUGAAGUUUUUCAACAAAAAACAGAUUACCCAAUUAAAUGCACUAAUCACUCUGUUGGUGGGCGAACUGAGUCCACAGGAGCGUCAAAAGGUGAUGACCAUCUGCACCAUUGAUGUGCACAAUCGUGAUGUGGUGGCGCGGCUGAUUUCCCAGAAGGUGAUGGAGCACACUGCUUUUGAAUGGCUCAGCCAACUGCGACAUCGGUGGGAUGAAGAGGUUGGCGAUUGCUUCGCUGACAUCUGCGACGCCCAGUUCCACUACGCCUACGAGUACCUCGGCAACACGCCACGGCUUGUCAUCACUCCACUCACGGAUCGUUGUUACAUCACUCUCACCCAGUCUCUUCACCUAUUCAUGUCUGGUGCCCCGGCGGGUCCUGCAGGAACU